AUGGCGGAAGAUGGCGAUCAUGAUAAAAAGUAUAAUAUGCCUCCUCCUCCUUCUUAUAAAUCGAUCUAUCCGGAAAUGGCAGAAGAUAUACCAGACAAGUCUGCUACGAUGAAAUGCAAACUAAAAGGCAACAAUGGAUUUAUCGAUGACAUAUCGCUUGUUAUCAAAGCUGCAGAUUUAGCUGCUCGGCGUCAUCGUCGACAGCGUAGAAAAGAUGCCACACAAACUCCUUAUGUCAAUCAUCCAAUCGGUGUCGCUUAUAUCUUAACAAAUGAAGGACAAAUAACCGAUACAGCAACAAUCAUUGCUGCCAUACUCCAUGAUAUUGUUGAGGACACAAAAACAACGGAUGAAGAAAUUCGAGAAAUGUUUGGUGAUGAGGUAGCAGAUAUCGUUAAAGAAUGCACAGUAAUUAAAAGUAUGAAGCGUGAAGCAAGAAUGAAAUCUCAAUUGGAAAAGGCAUCGGAAUUGUCAUAUAAGGCAAAGCUUGUACAAUUAGCGGAUAAGCUGUAUAACAUCCGUGAUAUCGAGCGUUGUACGCCAUUCGGCUGGACAAAGCAGCAAGUGACGGAAUAUAUUUUAUUUGCGAAGGACUUGUUAUCAAACAUCAAAGGGAUAAAUGAUUCACUGGAAACAACUCUGGAUGAUAUCAUCAACAAACAUAUCAAAUGA